AUGGCGGCCUCGAACUUAUUGGAGGAAUGGAAGAACUUCAAACUCACCUCUGAGGAGGAUAAGAUAGCUGUGGACAUCGACUCUUCUGCUUUGGAAGGUACUGGGAAAUGUCUUGAACUCAGUUUGAUAUGCAAGCUACUCUCCAAGAGAUCAAUUUCUUGUACGGUGCUGAAGAAUACCUUGAAAAUUGCAUGGAAAUUGGAUUGUAAGGCUUUUUCAGUGGAUAUUAUUGGUUUUAAUAUUUUUCUUUUCAACUUCAAUCGUUCCUCUGAUCGCAACAGAAUCUUAAGGAUGGGUCCUUGGACUUUUGAUCGUGCGCUGAUCAUCAUCGAUAAUCCAGUAUCCUUGACUAAACCUUUGGAUAUGGAUUUUAGGAAUGUGUCUCUUUGGGUCCACUUUUUCGACCUCUCUUUAGCCUGUAUGAAUAAAACAAUGGCAACACGCCUCGGUAAUGCUAUUGGUCUCUUUGAGGAUGUGGAGAGUAAUGCAAACAAUUUUUGUUGGGGUUCUUGUCUCCGGGUUCGUGUCAGGUUUGAUGUUAUGAAACCUCUACAUCGUGGAAUCAAGCUCAAUCUUGAUGGACCAAUGGGCGGUUGUUGGAUACCGAUACAAUAUGAACGUCUGCCGGACUUCCGCUAUCAUUGUGGGCGUUUGGAUCACAUUCUCAAGGAUUGUUCCGAUUGUUGUGUAGAUUCUGUUUCAAAGAAUCUGCAAUAUGGACCGUGGCUUCGGUUUCAGGGACACAAAAAUUCAAGCAACAUUCUGUCAUGA